CUUUUGUGGGGUCCACUUAGUUGUGCAUCAAAUUAACACCACCCCCGCUCGCAACUUUAAAACCUGUUUCCUGAGAGAAACAGACAGCCACAAUAAGUCGUAAAUUACGAUGCUAUGUGAUAUCCGAUCGAGCAGGAAAGAAGGCCCUGACAGAAGAAUUACGGGUUUUCCAAUUCACAUUCCAGGAAUCACUACCGUGCGCGACUCAAAGUAUACUAACAGACAGGGCCGAGCGUUGGAUGUGUUAACAACACAUGAAUGAUCAACGAACGAUCGAUUGCUCGAUCGGACGAGGGCGGUUGGUUUGUUGGUUGGUGGAAGCGUGGUUGGAUUUCCCCGCGUAUUGGGAUCUUCCUUAUCACUGGUUCGCGCGGUAUGUUUUGAUUGGAACUGGAGCUGCUUGCGGCUUGCUCUCUCGGGGUGCUCUAUGUACGUGCUACUAGCACUUACCCACCGAUGAGAGCAGGUUACGCUUUCAGUCGUAUAAAUAUCAAUUGCAGUCUGCCGGAGUCAGCAAGUUGAGUGAUACGGUUUCCUCUCUCUACUAGGUUAGCACCGUCGGGUAUUUCUGUUGUUUGGGCUGGGUAUUCUCCAGGAAGUUUAAGUUAGUAGCCAAUAAGAAGUGUAACGGAUAGGAAGUUCUCAGAAUGCGGUUUUUCGUAGGAGCUGUUCUAGCAGUCACGUUGGCUUGCGCCUGUGGCAGUGUCGUUCCAUUACGGAGAAAUGUGAGGGAUGUAAGUGGUAGUGCAUCGUCAGCAGCUUCGCAAUCAGCCAGCGGCGCCGGUGGAUCGGCCUCUCAAAGCGGAAGUUCCGCAUCCUCCCAAUCCAUUGGACAGUUUCCCCAGUUUGGAGCACAAUUCCAGCAACCCAUGUUUGGUGCUAAUCAACUCGGGUUUGGACAAUUCCCACAGUUCCCACAAUUCGGACAGUUUCCAGGGUUCGCUGGAUCCUCGAGUGGAGCUUCAUCUAGUUCAUUCAGCCAAGGAGGUCAUGGGGUUCAAUCGGGAUCGCAGUCUGGCUCACAGUCGUUUUCAUCUAGUUCAGGAGGUCAUGGUGGAUCAGGAUCACAAUCUGGUUCCCAAUCCUUCUCAGCUGGUGGAUCAGGUCAUGGUGGCCAGAGUGGCUCGGCAUCGUCUGCUGGAUCGCAAUCCGCCAGCAGCGGACACGAUCAUGGGGCACAUGGCGUCGUAGAUACCGGUUCCCAAGCUGGAGCUCAAUCAACCUCUAUCGGGCAAGACCAUGGCCACCAUGGAGGACACGGAGGGGUUGGAAGUGGUUCCCAAGCAGGAGCGCAGUCUGCAUCGCACGGUCAGGAUCACGGAGGUCACGGAUCUUCUGGAAGUGGUGCCCAAGCAGGAUCACAGUCGGUCGGUGGGGACGCAGGACAUCAUGGAGGUGCCGGAAGUGGCUCGCAAGCUGGGUCACAGUCCUUCAACCAAGGUCAAUCAUCCUUCGGACCCGGAGGAAGACACACUGAAAUUCAUAAACAGGGUGAUGGGUUUGGCGUACGAGUCAGUACUGAUGAAUCAGCUGAUGGAACGAAAAAGAAGGCCGAAAGCGAGGCUUGGGUUUGGCAAAGCUGAGAAAUGAAUGACAAAACAAAUACAAAAGAUUCCUGUUGAUAAUGGCAAGAA